UGCCGCCCCACGAGGCCAGCGGAUGCUAUGAUUGGGUGGUGCCUCGGGAAUCACAUGACGAGGCAGCGGGAAGAUGGCGGAGCCGCUAGGCGCCGCGGUCGAGGACCCGUGGGGAAAACAGGUGGACUGUGUGUACAGCGACAAUGGACUGGAGGCUCCACUCUUUGUGGAAAGCAGUAGAAAGGGAAGCAUAGUAUCACGAGCGAACAGCAUUGGCUCCACUAGUGCCUCCUCUGUCCCCAAUACAGAUGAUGAAGACAGUGAUUAUCACCAAGAAGCCUAUAAAGAGUCAUACAAAGACCGGCGCAGGCGUGCACACACCCAGGCAGAGCAGAAGAGAAGGGAUGCCAUCAAGAAAGGCUACGAUGACUUGCAGGCUAUUGUGCCUACAUGCCAGCAGCAAGAUUUCUCCCUUGGCUCCCAGAAGCUGAGCAAAGCCAUUGUCUUGCAGAAAACCAUUGACUAUAUUCAGUUCCUGCACAAGGAGAAGAAGAAACAGGAGGAGGAAGUUUCAACGCUCAGGAAAGAUGUCAUGGCCUUGAAGAUCAUGAAAAUAAACUAUGAGCAGAUUGUGAAAGCUCACCAGGAUAACCCCAAUGAGGGGAAAGACCAGGUGUCUGACCAAGUCAAGUUUAAUGUUUUCCAAGGCAUCAUGGAUUCUUUGUUCCAGUCAUUUAAUGCCUCUGUCUCGGUAGCAAGUUUUCAGGAACUUUCAGCAUGCGUCUUCAGCUGGAUUGAGGAGCAUUGCAAACCACAGACCCUGCGGGACAUUGUGAUCGGGGUUCUACAUCAACUAAAGAGUCAGCUCUAUUGACUGCGCUCCCUGUGGUGCCCCAGUGGCAUGAGCUUUCUUCCUCUUACCAGGCUACAGAAAUGUGGGGCACCACUCAGCUGAGAGAGGAGCAGGUAGCAGGUUUCAGGAAAAGCUGGUCUGUUUCCCUUGUGGUUAUUUGUAAAGUUUUUCUCUGGAUUAUUUAUUGUAUUAACUAUGAAACCAAAACUGGGUAUGUAAGUGCAUGUCUUCUCCACAGAUACUGUCACAGUCUGUAUCACCAAAGUAUCUGUAGGGACUGAGUCAGCAGAGAAGGGAAAACAUAUCUGUUAAAUACAAUCCUCCUUGUCACAAGGAAGGAAAGGGUCUCUGGGCCAGGGUUGUGAGGCACUGAGUAGGCCUAGCCUGUACCAGCUACAGGAGCUAAAGUGGUGAGAUGAGUCUGCUCUGUAGCCUUCAGAUUACCUGUUCUGUUCUGGUGGCAGUGCCUGCAAUAUAACUGUUGCCUGGACCACACAGCACUUCCUGCAUUUUAGACUUUCAAACCAGUAAGAUGCCAGCCUUAAGUAUCAUACUCUACAAUGUAGUUAUUCAGUGAGUACCUUGGCACUGUAGAGUUUGAGAUGAAGAGGCAGUGGCAGUGAGAAUUUGUGUUGCAUUACAUUACAUUUAUAUCCAGCCAUUACAGUGCUGGACUUUAAAAGCAUGUGAAUGGAAGCAGAGCAGCUCUAAAAUUCUAGACCCCAAGACAAAGGAUGUGAAUCACCCUGGCAGUCCAGGAAAGAAGCUGACUUCCACUAAGGAGGGUUAAGGAUAAGCUUCCCUGGAAGUAGGGUGUCUCAUCACUGCAGACUUUGACAGCUUCUGUAGCAGCUGAUACUAGCUUCUCAGAGACAGGCCACUGCUUUCUUCUAGAACAGUUUGGUUAUUUAAUCUAGCCAUGGGACAGAGGAUCACUUAUUUGCACAGAACUUUCAGAAAGACAACAGAAAGCAAGCUAGGUGGGGUUGGCCAAAUCCUGCUGCAACAAGAGGGUCUUAAUACCAAACAGCAUGGAAGCUGCCUCUCCCCACUGGGCAGAUAUGGAUGGUGUAGGGCUUCUCUGGGACAGCUGCUAACUGACCUUUCCCACUCUAGCCAUGUUUCCUUCACAGUGAAAUAGGAGUACAGUUUUCUGUACAGGCUUCUCUUGCCAUCUCAGUUCAACUGCUGAAAGAUCUCUGGUUUCAUCUGACUUGAGUUUCUGAUAGUCACAAUGUAUGGGGAAAAAGAAUGGUGCAUGUAGCAGAGCUGCUGUCAAUUUUAAUCUGCUUUUUUUUAGAAGUGUAGUUUUAUAUUUAAAAAAAAUACCUCUUGCCUUUUGUAAGUCAAGGAAGUCAGACUGAAGUGUUAUUAACUUGAGUUUUGCAGCCAAAUACUUUUUCUGGGAGAGACUUUAGCCAGGCACCCACUGCUCUCAGUCUAACAGUCAUAUCUUUGGCAGAUACUUGGCAGCUGUCUACUAACAAAGUAAUAGUUCUUUAUCACCCAGACAGAGUGAAAGGAUUGGAAUUAUCCUGAAGUGGCUUUUACAGAAUAUGCUCACUGAUGAUCAUAUUCCUACCACCAUGCUCAAAUUAGUAGCAGUAACAAUUUUGCAUUUCUUUAUCUUAGAAUUCUUUAGCAAUAAAAGGUAGGUUUCCAGUGUCAGGCUAGUUGCUUUAAACACGGAAGCAGAAGGAUAGUGUUUAAACCACUCUUUCUACUGAAAUUUAGUAAAGGAAAAAUUACUGUCAGUCUUGGAUUUUACUAAAAGAAUCAUUUCUCCAAGCCUUGCAUUGAAUGUCCCUUUUCAGUGAAGACACAGCAUAGAGCCCUAAAGAGUCUAACUCUUUGCAAUGACACAUGUAACUGUUUAAAGAGAAUUAUACACCAUAAGGGCCAUUAACAAUAUGGCUGCAUUACAGAAGCGUGUGCCCAUUGCUGUGCUGUAAAGAAAAUAUCCUGUUUGAAGCAAUAGGCAGUGCUUUACUGUUAAUGAUAGUGACAUGUGUUACUCUCUUCUGAGCCUCCUUCAGAAGCAGCCAGCUUUCUUGUGUGGAAGAACCUUGGGCUUUUGCAGACCUCACAAAUGGAAAUGAAAUAUUUUUCUAUCGUGAAAAGUAAUUAUAAUAAAUUUUGCUAAAUGUUUUAAUUAUUCUUCUCCUUGUUUUCUUCCACUACUGAAUAACUAGAAUCUUCCACCUAGGAUCACAUGGUAGAACUGUUUUUUCAAAAGCAACUAGGUGAUAUUUGGAUGCCCAUUUUGACAAUUGCUGUUCGGGCUUCUAUAUUAGAAUCACCCACAUCCACCCAAUCUGAAGUGGUGGCAUGAUCUCCCCAUCCAAGUAUGUUUUACUAUUUUCAGUGUCAUUUAGGCCAAACUACACCCCAUCCAUCAGGAAGGCUCCCAAAACCCCAGAUUAACUGGGAAGCCUCUCCUAUACUACCACAACAUGCAGCAUGAGACAAGGGGACAUUAGAAGAGGGUGUAUCACUGAAGGGAAGCACAGCUAAAAUGAGAAGCACAGUGUUUAAUGAAUUAUACUCCUGUGUAUAGCAUUACGGCAUGGUACACAUCAUGGGAAGCAGUCCCUGCUCACUAUUAAAUACACUGAGGUGUCAGUACAGCUCUCUGCAAGUGUAAUAAACAACUGGUUUAUUUAGUCUUUCCUAGGCACACCCCUCCUCCCUCUUACUAGAACACCUACUUGGUGGCAAAUCAACAGUAAAAAGUCUUCUCCCACAUGACUCUUCAGCCACACUGGCUCAACUGCCCAUUGCAAUGAAGGGUAGAAAAAAUAAUGGACUCUUCUGCAUGCGAGAUCAUGCCUUUGGUCCUAUCCCCUCUAACUGCCUUCCAGAUUGCAAAGCAUUUUAAAACAAACAUACAUAAAAGAUGCAGGACAAAACCAAACCCUGCAGAUGAUUGUGAGUUUCAGAACCAGCGCCCAUUGUGCUCCAUGCUGGCUAGUUCUUUUCCCUGGAGCAGAGGUUUCCAUCAGCUGCUCAGACAGCUGCUGGCAGAGUCACAUUGUGGUCCUCAUCCGUUUCUAUUCCAACUUCCUC